CAUUUCAUUAAAGGUGCUCCGUGUCUGGUCUGGUCGCUAAUUGCGUUAACGGGAUAUUUGCCCAUAGAACAGACGUCCCCAGUUGGACCAGUGCGGUAGUGGGGGCGUUGUAAGCGGGACGAAUCCCGACCUGCGCACAUACCGAGCAGUCUAACUCCUCGGGACCGCGACACGUGCGAGUCUCGAACCCUCGGACAGCGGACAGAUGAGAGAAGAAAAUUGCCAACCGAUGGAGAGACAGUCUACAGAACGUGCUCCAGCUAAGGUCUCGUUGUACAGCAUAGAGAGGCUGCUCAAUCCCAGCAAAGAGUGCUACCGCAGAGAUUCUCCUUCUACUACCACCCCCAAGUCGUCACUCGCUCAACUCCCCGACGUUUUAGACUUUAGUGUGCACAAUAGAAGUGGAAAUGACGUUACGGCCUUUCAAGUGAAUAGAAAUACAGGAAGUGGUAAAGGAUCUUCUGAUGUUAAGUCUAUAGAAAACGUAGGAAAAAAAGUAUCUCAGGAAGAAUCGAAACCUGAAACUAACUCGGAAGAAGGUGGAAUUCGUGACAACGAAGAUAAACCGAGAAAAAUUCGACGUAGCAGAACUACAUUUACUACAUACCAAUUGCAUCAACUAGAAAGAGCAUUCGAAAAAACACAAUACCCCGAGAUCUUAGAGAAAUGCCAUUUUGUGGAUAUUUUAGUUGCUGAAAAAGCAAUUUCGUUCGAGAGAAAAACCAUUAGAAAUGACGUUACGGCCUUUCAAGUGAAUAGAAAUACAGGAAGUGGUAAAGGAUCUUCUGAUGUUAAGUCUAUAGAAAACGUAGGAAAAAAAGUAUCUCAGGAAGAAUCGAAACCUGAAACUAACUCGGAAGAAGCGAGAAGAGAGAGAGAGAAAAUGGAAUUUAUCAAAUGCAAAUGGAGCUCGAACUUAAUUGAUAAAUCCCAUUUAGAAUGCAUAGUGCAACUGAUUCUUGUGUGGUUCCAGAAUAGAAGAGCCAAAUGGAGGAAACGAGAAAAAGCCUUGGGCAGAGACAGUCCAAAUUAUACGGGAAGCGGCGAACCACUGUUGGCUGCCAGGAGCGACUUGUACUCGACACCCCCACCUCUACACGUUGGUAACGCUGCUGGUUCUCUAUCGCUAGGACCGUCCGAUCAGUUGUGGGCAUCGGCAUUACACACAUCAUCCCUAUCUGGUCUCAGCACGCCUCUAGGACUGGGCCAUAUAUUAGCGCUACACGGUACAUCGGGCAUCCCUCACGCCUUUCCACCUACAGCAUCUCCUAGCACCGCCUGGUCUAAGGGGGUUGGUCCUCUCAGUUCUGCCCUACUUUCCAUCUACAUGUUAAAUUCCGGUGUCGGUACUUCGACAACGUCAUCCAGUUUGAGCCCGAGUGGACCACCUCCUCCGCCUCCUACAUCCACUCUAACAAAAUCGGGUUUUCUUCCCACAUUGUGCAGCACAUCGUUCUCCGGAGCUCCCGUUACUCCCGGUUAUCUAGGACUCGCUAAUAUUGGAAAAUCGGCAUCAUGCUCCAGUUUGGAACUACUACGGCUUAAGGCGCGUGAACAACAAUCUUCUCCACCCCCUGCCACAUCCAGGUCGGACAGUAGCCUAAGAAAUACUAGAGAAAUGGCCGAGUUACAACGCACGUGUAUUUGAAAAAUAUUCCAUACAUUUCUUUUGUAUAUUCUGAUGAAGUUAAAAGUAAAACUUUCGACUGAAUAAACAGUUCUAAGAAACACACUUUAAUGGACUAUUUACACAUAUAUAUAUUAUAUAUAAAAUUCUAUGGCCAGAAGAGCACAGACUACUUGUUAAUAAGUCCCUUCUGGUAAAUAAUGUGUUAAUUUGCUCAUCGGGAAUUUACGUUUCUCCGAUUGACUUUGAUGUU